GGCUGGCCAGGUGAGAGCCGCUGGCAGGUGGGCCUGGCUGUGGAGGAGAGCCCUGCUCUGCGAACUUCACUUGUGGGGGGCCUCCCUGAGGUGGUGUCUGAGGGGACGCUGCUCAACAUGGUGCUGAGGAGAAUGCACCGGCCCAGAAGCUGCUCCUACCAGCUGCUGCUUGAGCACCAGCGCCCCAGCCGCAUUCAGGGGCUUCGCUGGACGCCGCUCACAGACAGCGAGGAGUCACUGGAUUUCAGCAUGAGUCUGGAGCAAGCCUCCACAGAGCGAGUGCUCAGGGCUGGCAAGCAGCUUCACCGUCAUCUCCUGGCCACCUGCCCCAACCUCAUCCGUGACCGGAAGUAUCACCUCAGGCUCUACCGGCAGUGCUGCUCUGGCCGGGAGCUGGUGGAUGGGAUCUUUGCCUUGGGACUUGGGGUGCAUUCCCGAAGCCAGGCUGUGGGAAUCUACCAGGUGCUACUGGAUGAAGGUGCCCUCUGCCACGUGAAACAUGACUGGACCUUCCAGGACCGAGAUGCCCAAUUCUACCGUUUUCCCGGACCGGAGCCAGAGCCUGUAAAAGCCCAUGAGAUGGGGGAGGAGCUGGUGGAGGCUAUGGCUCUGCUCUCACAACGGGGACCUGAUGCCUUGCUCACGGUGGCCCUUCGAAAACCCCCAGGUCAGCGCACAGACGAGGAGCUGGACCUCAUCUUCGAGGAACUGCUACACAUCAAGGCCGUGGCCCACCUCUCCAAUUCGGUGAAGCGGGAGUUAGCAGCAGUUCUGCUCUUUGAGCCACACAGCAAGGCGGGGACUGUGUUGUUCAGCCAGGGGGACAAGGGCACCUCAUGGUACAUUAUCUGGAAAGGAUCCGUCAACGUGGUGACCCAUGGCAAGGGGUUGGUGACCACUCUGCAUGAAGGAGACGACUUUGGGCAGCUGGCUCUGGUGAAUGAUGCACCCCGGGCAGCCACCAUCAUCCUACGAGAAGACAACUGUCAUUUCCUCCGAGUGGACAAGCAGGACUUCAACCGCAUCAUCAAGGAUGUGGAAGCCAAGACCAUGAGGCUGGAGGAGCACGGUAAAGUGGUGCUGGUGCUGGAGAGAGCUUCUCAGGGCACGGGCCCUUCUCACCUUCCAACCCCAGGCCGGAACCGGUAUACGGUCAUGUCUGGCACCCCAGAGAAGAUCUUAGAACUACUGCUGGAGGCCAUGCAGCCCGACUCCAGUGCUCAUGACCCAACAGAAACGUUCCUUAGCGACUUCCUCCUGACCCACAGUGUCUUCAUGCCCAGCACCCAGCUCUGUGCCUCCCUCCUGCACCACUUCCAUGCGGUGCCUGCGGGGGGCAAUGAGCAGGAACGCAGCACCUACGUCUGCAACAAGAGGCAGCAGAUCCUGCGGUUGGUCAGCCAGUGGGUGGCCCUGUACGGCCCCAUGCUCCGCACUGACCCUGUGGCCACCAGCUUUUUCCAGAAACUCUCAGACCUGGUGAGCAGGGAUGCCCGGCUAAGCAACCUGCUGAAGGAGCAGUGGCCGGAGAGGCGGAGACACCACAGGUUGGAAAACGGCUGUGGAAAUGCAUCUCCUCAGAUGAAGGCCCGGAAUGUGCCUGCUUGGCUCCCCACCCAGGAUGAGCCCCUCUCCAACAACUGUUCCAUCCGAGUUGGAGACAAAGUCCCCUACGACAUUUGCCGGCCUGACCACUCGGUGCUGAGCCUGCAGCUGCCUGUGACAGCCUCGGUGAGAGAGGUGAUGGCCGCAUUAGCGCAGGAGGAUGGCUGGACCAAAGGACAGGUGCUGGUGAAGGUCAACUCUGCAGGCAAAGCCAUUGGCCUGCAGCCCGAAGCCCGUGGUGUGGCCACAUCCCUGGGGCUUAAUGAGCGGCUUUUUGUUGUCAACCCACAGGAAGUGCACGAGCUGACCCCACAUCCCGAGCAGCUGGGACCCACUAUGGGCUCUGCCGAGGGACUGGACGUGGUGAGUGCCAAGGACCUGGCGGGGCAGCUGACGGAUCACGACUGGAACCUCUUUCACAGCAUCCAUCAGGUGGAGCUGAUCCACUACGUGCUGGGCCCCCAGCAUCUGAGGACUGUCACCACAGCCAACCUGGAGCGCUUCCUGCGGCGCUUCAACGAGCUGCAGUACUGGGUGGCCACAGAGCUCUGUCUCUGCCCCGUGCCCAGCCUGCGGGCUCAGCUGCUCAGGAAGUUCAUCAAGCUGGCUGCCCACCUCAAGGAACAAAAGAAUCUCAAUUCCUUCUUUGCCAUCAUGUUUGGCCUCAGCAAUUCAGCCAUCAGUCGCCUGGCCCACACCUGGGAGCGGCUGCCCCACAAGGUCCGGAAGCUGUACUCCGCCCUGGAGAGGUUAUUGGAUCCCUCAUGGAACCAUCGAGUAUAUAGACUGGCCCUCACCAAGCUCUCCCCUCCCAUCAUCCCCUUCAUGCCCCUCCUUCUUAAAGACAUGACCUUUAUCCAUGAGGGGAACCACACACUGGUUGAGAAUCUCAUCAACUUUGAGAAGAUGCGAAUGAUGGCCAGAGCCGUGCGGAUGCUGCACCAGUGCCGAAGCCACAGUAAUGUGCCUCUUUCACCACUCAGAAGUCGUGUGUCCCACCUCCAUGAGGACAGCCAGGCUGUGAGGAUCUCCACGUGCUCGGAGCAGUCCCUGAGCACCCGGAGUCCAGCCAGCACCUGGGCUUAUGUCCAGCAGUUGAAGGUCAUCGACAACCAGCGGGAACUCUCCCGCCUCUCCCGGGAGCUGGAGCCGUGA